UGGCCCACGUCCUCACCUGUAGCCAUCAGUCACGUGAACACCUACAGGAGCACCCAACCGUGUAACACUGCGGCAAAAUUCACCCUCCAACAGAGUGGCGACGUCAGGGUUUGUGUCAGGAUGUCAUCAGAACUCAUAAAAUUUACAGAUGCCAGGGACAUGUGUAAAUCAUUUGGUGGCACCCUAUAUACACUGAAGACACCAGAAAAAUUAACCAUCCUGAAGAAUGUAAGUGUCCACUUCAUACCUAACAUCUGGGUGGGGCUCCAUGACAUGGUGACUGAAGAUGUUUUUCAGUGGGUGGAUGACGGAUCUAUCGUCUCAGACAGCUGGAGGAAGGUGAUCUUUGCCCCAGGUGAGCCCAACAGUUUUAACGGCGAUGAGGACUGUGUGAUGUACUCACCUGCGUACAGCGCUCUAGUCGACAGUGCCUGGUGA